AUGACUCAUCCUCAGAGAGCGGCAGCGGGAAUGGCAUGCACACCAUGACACCUCCGUCCGCGGGUGGGACGGCCCCGGGGUCAGAGGGGGGUGCGGGUGGACCCCCCUACAGGGAGGUGGUAAACGGCAAUGGGCCCCUGGCCCCGCUAGACUUCAGCACCACCUCCUCGUCCUCAUCGUCCGAGGAUCAACAGGCGCCGGUCAACCUGAGUGAGACCAGGCUGCCCGGGACAGCCCUGAUGGGCCCCUUCCAGCCCGACCCCGCAGAUGAGCUGCGCAGAAAGUACCCUGUCAAGCCCCUCCCCCAUGCUGCUGAGCUGUGCCUGGACAGAGACUCGAUCAGGGACUACGGCAACAAGGUGAGGCCUUCUACUCAGACCUGGGUUUGAAAUUAUUUCAAAUAGUUUACCUCGGAUUUGAUUGAGCUUAUACAAUACAAUGCAACUUUCCUGGUACAAUGAACCAAUAGAAUGGUCACAAAACUGCAACCCCUGCCCAUCUGGCACUCCAGGCAGACUUAAGCAAAUGCUAAAAGUAGGUCUGAUGGUGAUAUAUUACAUACAAAGUGAUCAUGUUGAGCAAUGAGCCCACCAGGACUGUGUGAGUAAUAGUCUGAAAGCUCAGUGUGACAUUGUUAUAGAUGACCACUGACUUGCUAUGAACUAUGAAGGGUGAGGUAUGCACAAGAAGGUGAGGUUCAUUGUCAGGGCAUUGGACAAAGCUGAGAGAGGUUUCCAUUGAGAUCCUGCCACACUGCAAUUACCUGUUCAUUCUCGGGUCGGGUCGGAAUCCAAUACAUCAUGAAACCAGAAAGAGAAUGUGCAUGAGAGCAGCGAGAGUGGCUGUGCCAUGGGAAGUAACCUAGUUGUGUUGCUGUGCUUGUGAUGAGCUGUGAUGAACGUCCAUACAGGAGCCAGUGGCAGUGCCAUUGGGCCUGUAUGAAAGGAGACUGGGGAUAAAAGGUUCUUCCUUCCUGCUCUCUGGCUAUUGAAUGAGACACACACUUCACCAUGCUCUGACAAUGCAGCCUUGUCCUUGAAGGCAUCUUCUUUGCCGCCCUGUCACAGACGAGCGCCAUUGGAAGGAUCUGACUAAUAUAAAAGCUAGCAGUUUUUUGUGUCUCACUGUAAUCAGUGUUCCUCACGAUUGAGAUUGUGCCGGCUGCUUUCAAUGUGAAGGAGCAUACAGACGGAGGGAAAACCUUACCCUGGCUUUGUAUCUCUUCUUUCUUUGUCUGUGCCUAUUAUGUGUGUGUGUGUGUGUGUGUGUGUGUGUGUGUGUGUGUGUGUGUGUGUGUGUGUGUGUGUGUGUGUGUGUGUGUGUGUGUGUGUGACAGUCUCCUCAGUACAGCUCAGGAAGCUACGACUCAUUGAAGAUGGAGACGUGUGCCGAGGACCUGACCGUGAGCAGAGGUGCGGCGGCGGCGGCUGAGGACGAUGACGAUGACCAUGAAGAUCACGACGACAAUGAUAAGAUCAACGACACGGAGGGCGUGGACCCCGAGAGACUAAAGGCCUUUAACGUAAGAGCUGCUCCCACCUCAGCUAGACAUGACUGAACACACACACUGUACACUACAUAUAAGAGCUCCUCUCACCUUUUCAUGACCUUCACCUCAGGAACACUGGAAACAGCAAAUACAGUGCUAUGAAAAAGUAUUUGCCCCCUUUCUAAUUUUCUCUACUUUUGCAUAUUUGUGAUACUGAAUGUUAUCAGAUCUUCAACCAAAACCGAAUAUUAGAUAAAGGGAACAUAAGUGAACAAAUAACACAACAAUUACAUAUUUAUUUCAUAAACAAAGUUAUGCAACACCCAAUUCCCCUGUGUGAAAAAGCUUCAGCUCACAGACGGAUGGUCUGACAUUCUCCUGUAGAAUUCUCUGAUACAGAGCAGAAUUCAUGGUUCCUACUAUUAAGGCAAGUCGUCCAGGUCCUGAGGCAGCAAAGCAUCCCCAAACCAUCACACCACCACCAUGCUUGACCUUUGGUAUGAUGUUCUUACUGUGGAAUGCAGUGUUUGGUUUUCGCCAGGCAUAAUGGGACCCAUCUCGUCCAAAAAGUUGACUCAAGUUUGCCAAAAAAGCACCUGGAUGAUUAUCAAGACUCUUGGAAGAACGUUUUAUGGACAGAUGAUUCAAAAGUAUAACUUUUUGGACGACAUAGUUCCAGUAAUGCCUGGCGAAAACCAAACUCUGCAUUCCACAGUAAGUACAUCAUACCAAAGGUCAAGCAUGGUGGUGGUGGUGUGAUGGUUUGGGGAUGCUUUGCUGCCUCAGGACCUGAACGACUUGCCUUAAUAGAAGGAACCAUGAAUUCUGCUCUGUAUCAGAGAAUUCUACAGGAGAAUGUCAGACCAUCCAUCUGUGAGCUGAAGCUGAAGCGCAGCUGGGUCAUGCAGCAAGACAAUGAUCCAAAACACACAAUCAAGUCUACAUGAAAAUUGCUAAAAAGCAACAAAUUGGAAGUUUUGGAAUGGCCUAGUUAAAGUCCAGACCUAAUCCCAAUUGAGAUGUUGUGGCAGGACUUGAAGCAAGUAGUUCAUGCUUGAAAACCCACACGUCACUGAGUUAAAGCAGUUCUGCAUGGAAGAGUGGGCCAAAAUUCCUCCACAGCGACGUGAGAGACUAAUCAACAACUACAGGAAGCAUUUGGUUGGAGUCAUUGUAGCUAAAGGUGGCACAACCAGUUAUUGAGUGUAAGGGGGCAAUUACUUUUUCACACAGGGGAAUUGGGUGUUGCAUAACUUUGUUUAUGAAAUAAAUAUGUAAUUGUUGUGUUAUUUGUUCACUUAUGUUCCCUUUAUCUAAUAUUUGGUUUUGGUUGAAGAUCUGAUAACAUUCAGUAUCACAAAUAUGCAAAAGUUGAGAAAAUUAGAAAGGGGGCAAAUACUUUUUCAUAGCACUGUAGCUAGCAGAGCAGACACACACCUUUUUUCCUACAAAGAUUCUUAUUUUCUUGUUUUCAGAUGUUUGUGCGUCUGUUUGUGGAUGAGAACCUGGACCGCAUGGUGCCCAUCUCCAAGCAGCCCAAGGAGAAGAUCCAGGCCAUCAUCGAGUCGUGCAGUCGCCAGUUCCCCGAGUUCCAGGAGCGCGCUCGCAAGCGCAUCCGCACCUACCUCAAAUCCUGCCGCCGCAUGAAGAAGAGCGGCAUG